ACCGGAAGUUCACUAACUCAUUUGCAUACAGUAGGAAACCUAUAAAGUUUUCGAAACACCUUUUUAAAAAAAGUUCCAAAAUGAUGAUUUUAACUGAAAUAGUCAGCAGGUAUGAUGAUUAGGAAUGGCAAGUAACGGUUCGAGAAGACAUGCUUCAACUACGAUGAAGAUUAGAUUAACAGUUUUCUGUGCCAAGAAUUUGUGCAAAAGAGACUUCUUCCGAUUACCAGAUCCGUUUGCCAAGAUCAGUGUAGAUGGGUCCGGACAAUGUCACUCUACUGAAGUCUGUAAAAAUACUCUAGAUCCGAAAUGGAAUCAACAUUAUGAUCUUUAUAUUGGUCAGACAGAUUCUGUCACUAUAAGUAUAUGGAAUCAUAAGAAGAUUAACAAGAAGCAAGGUGCUGGAUUUCUAGGAUGUGUUCGUAUUAUGUCAAAUGCAAUCACACAGCUCAAAGACACUGGAUUUCAGCGUCUGGACCUGCAGCGUAACAAUGCAGAUGACCAGGAGCCUGUACGUGGACAGAUUGUGAUAAGUUUGAUAUCUCGUGACCGUGGUAACUCAGGGAUCGGACCAGCCGUGACUAACUCAACACAGAUUAAUAAUUCCAUUCCAAACGAUGUUCACGAACUCCCUGACGGGUGGGAGGAGAGGAGAACAGCCAAUGGAAGAGUUCAUUAUGUAAACCACAUUACCCGUACAACACAAUGGGAACCUCCAACAAGGCCAGCUAUAGAAACGUCCCAGUCAUCUGUCAGAAUAACAACGUCUACAGCAUCCCCAACUACGUCCAACAGUAGUAAUAGUGAGAGACGAUCAUCAUCAGCUACGCGUCUAACUUCUAGUGCUUCCCACAGACAUCGUGAUCGUGCAAAUUCUAGCGCGCACAGACACAGUACAUCAUCAUUAAACCCUCCGCGUAUUCACAGUGCCCAUAGUUCAGUGACUAGAAAUAAUGACCUCAGUUAUAAUAGCAAUAGUGAGGACAAUACAAGUAGUCCGUCCGAGGGAGAGUUUCCACGACGACGGUCUACACGUAGGCGCAAUUAUUUAAAUCGGAAUCAGUUACAUAAUGCAGUGGAUUUACCACAAGGUUAUGUUCGAAUCACAAAUCGUUCAGCAGGUCGUGGAAAUGGCAUUGUGGAACAACGAACUACACAACAAGGUCAGGUAUAUUUCCUGCACACACAGACCGGUGUCAGUACCUGGCAUGAUCCCCGUGUUCCCAGAGAUAUAUCAAAUUUGGAUGUGCUGGAACGAGAGUUAGGGCCACUGCCUCCAGGAUGGGAAGCAAGGCAUACAGGCAAUGGGCGUGUAUAUUUCGUUGACCAUAAUAACAGAACAACUCAAUUUACAGAUCCUAGACUCACUUCUAAUAUUGACUUGAUACAGAGUCGAAUAAAAAAUACGAGUGAUAAGGAGAAUGAGAACCCCGUGCCAAAAUACAAGCGAGAUUUGGUUCAUAAAAUGAAGAUAUUAAAACAAGAGUUUACUAGUUUACAACCUCAGGGCGGACAUUGUAGACUAGAAGUUUCUAGAGAAGAAAUUUUCGAGGAUUCAUAUCGUCAAGUUAUGAAAAUGCGAGCAAAAGAUUUACGUAAACGAUUAAUGGUAAAGUUUAAAGGAGAAGAAGGGUUAGAUUAUGGUGGUGUAGCAAGGGAAUGGUUUUGUCUACUGUCUCAUGAAAUGUUAAAUCCAUACUACGGUUUGUUCCAGUACGCGAGAGAUGAUAUUUACACUUUACAAAUCAACCCAGACUCUCAUGUUAACCCAGAGCAUUUGUCGUAUUUUCAUUUUGUUGGACGUAUACUGGGCAUGGCAAUAUUUCACGGACACUACCUGGAUGGAGGCUUCACAAUGCCUCUGUAUAAACAGUUAUUAUCUAAACAAGUGACCUUAGAUGACCUUGAAAGUGUUGAUCCAGACCUUCAUAGAAGUUUACUAUGGAUGUUGGAUAAUGAUAUAGAGGAAGUCUUAGACCACACGUUCUGUGUAGAAAGUCACUCAUUCGGUCAGUUCCAACAACAUGAACUUAAACCUGGUGGUGAUGACAUCAAAGUUACAGAGGAAAACAAGAAAGAAUAUGUCAAGUUGUAUGUACAGUGGGUAUUUAUGAGAGGUAUUGAAGCCCAGUUCCUCGCGUUACAGAAAGGUUUCCACGAGAUCAUUCCACAACAUUUACUCCGACCAUUUGAUGAAAGAGAAUUAGAGUUGAUGAUAGGUGGAUUAGGGAAGAUAGAUUUAGACGACUGGAAGUUACAUACAAGAUUAAAACAUUGUACACCAGAUACUAGUAUAGUGAAAUGGUUCUGGAAGGCGGUAGAUAGUUACGAUAAUGAGAUGAGGGCUAGAUUGUUACAGUUUGUCACUGGAAGUUCACGAGUUCCAUUACAAGGAUUUAAAGCAUUACAAGGAUCUACAGGUGCUGCCGGACCACGAAUGUUUACCAUCCACCAAGUUGAUACAAAUACUGAUAACUUACCCAAGGCUCAUACAUGUUUCAACCGUAUAGAUAUCCCACCAUACGAGAGUUAUGAGAAACUUUAUUCUAAACUGACAUGUGCUGUUGAAGAGACGUGUGGAUUUGCUGUAGAAUGAACAGUUUAUUUCUAUGCAUUGUGGGAUUGACUUCUCACAGGAAGUGAUGUCAUUUCCUGUUUUUGAUUUAUUUCGAACAAAGAAAUAUUCCAGUAAAUGUGAAUAAAAAGUCAGAAAACUGCAAUAUAAAUUGUGAACAUUUACAUGGCAUUAACAGUGAAGAAUACGAAUGAAAAAUCAUACAGAGCAAAGUAAGACGAAGGUAUUUGUUCUAGAAGAGUGUUCUGAUACUCGGACUUCCUGGUUGUGAUAAUUAUAGUUGUCAGGUCCAUACACUCAUUGACAUUAUUCAAACUUCAGGUGAACACAAAAACAUUAUGCAAGAAAUUGCCACAAGUAUUACAACACAAGUGAACACUUUCAUUUGAAUAUAUGUAAUAAGUAUCAACAUAUAAACUACACUGUAUGUACACUGUGUGUACUCCAUAUGUGUAAAGUAUCUGUGUAUUAUGAUUUAUUAACACCAGUCAAUUUCUACAAAAUGCUUAGCACAGGAUCUGGACUGAGGUCAGAAAAGAGCAAAAAGUAACUUUAUGGAAAUAGAGGAAAGUGAGGUAUGGUGUUGGUAUAAUGGUAUGAGACUAUACUGCACAUGACAAUAAGUCUGGUACAGUGACUUGUGACGUGACGGGAUACAGUAGUUGACCAGUAUUGUGAUAUUAUAUACAUGUGUUGUUUGUUUUAUAGUUGUACAAUAUAAUUACUAAUAUUUACUCACAAUGUAAGCAAAAUGAAUUUGUUUUUUGCCCAGUGCUCAUGUAAUAAUUGAUUAAUAAGUAAUUGAUUUACUAACCAGAUUUUUAAAAUUGAAUUUCAAAGUAGAUGUAAUAAGCAAUUUAGUGGACCAAGUCUUCAACACAGAGUACUUUACAAUUGAGAGAGGCAGCAAAAAUCAGUUUACUAUAUACUAGUAUACUCUGUGUUAUAGUAAGAUGUUUGGGUCUGUCUUCGAAAUCAAAACUGGAAAAUCAUCACCAUAUGAUAUUUGAUAAUAAAAGAAAUGUGACAUAAAGGCUUAAUUUAGUGUAUUACAAUCAUGCUGUGCUACUGGCACAUUAGCAGGUUUUUUUCCGCAUAUUUAUAGCAAAAAGAAGAAAAAAAGUUGUAAGAGAGAAAAAAAUGUUUUUUAAGCAUAUCAGAAGGAAAAAAGCCCUGUCUUGUCUCUGGAGAACGGUUUUUGUAUUACAUGAUUUUAUAUCCAAGCCUCUCCAGAACUCCAGUCAUUUUGAAAGUCUGUUAUUUAGCCUUGAGAUUCCACUUGAAGAAGAGCGAGAUUUUCUGUAAAAUAGUCAACAUGCUUAAAGACAAUCUGUUCUUGUUGUUUUGUGUAAAUUUACUGAAAUCUAUCUCAGCAUUCAGGUUUACAA